GGAAACCGGAAGCCGGAAGCUGCAAUAAUGGAUAUUUUUGUUUGUGAUGAUUAGUAACUUACUCGUCGUCUUGCGAAACCUUUGAAGAUCACGAGAUUUGUGUUUUUUUAGAGUUAAAAGAAACAAGAUGGGAAAGAAAUACAAGCAUGGAAAGCACUCAUCCUCUUCAUCAUCAAGUUCAUCUUCCAGUGAAUCUUCUGAUGAUGAAUGGCGUCAUCUUCCAAAACAUGACAAGAAAAUGAGAAAGAAGUGGAAAAAGCAGCACAAAAAGGGGAUGAUCGCCCAUGGAACUGUUCCCCCAUGGCAAGGCGGGCCCGCCUGGUAUCCUCCUGUCAAGGCCGGGAAGCAUGGUAAACAUGGCAAGCCAGGCAAGCACGGAGCUGGCCACUAUCCUCCGGGCGGUGUACCCGGUGGCUACCCGGCCCCAAACGCUGCUUACCCACCAGGGGCCUAUCCGGCGGGGGCAGCUGCGCAUCCUCCCCAUGGGGCCUACCCGGGUCAUCAGCCUGGUUACCCCGCUGGGGGCUAUCCGGCGGGGGGAUACCCUCCUCCAGGCCAGUACCCGCCAGGGGGAGUCCCCCCGGGCCCUUACCCUGCUGGGGGAGUUCCCCCCGGCCAGUAUCCAAUGGGAGGAGUUCCCCCACCCGCUCAGUACCCGGCUGGCGGUGUGCCGUAUGGCCAUGGCUCGGCGCCUUCUGGACCCUUCCAGGCCCCACCCCAAGGUGGCUACCCGGGAUAUCCUCCUCAUUGAGUUCCAUUCCCCCUGAGACAGCUCCUGGCAUGACAUAGGCCUACUGACCUGAUCAUUUAGUGCAGCUAGAGAUGUCAUCCCCUCUUGGCCAUUCCUGUCUAAGUGUCACACAAGGUCUUCUGUAUCCCUUUUAAACUAAUGUUGAUGGUUGUUUUUGUUUUUUUAUCCCUCCCUCUAAAUUGUGUAAAGAACAUUUACUACACAUAUUAUUAUGUGUGGUAGACUUCACUGUUAAUUUUGUUUUUUCUAGAAAGUCUUCUUUGUCCAUCAACACUGCUGAUUUUCUGUCCUAAAUUGAUAAAUCUGUGUUGAUCUGCGUGUAUAUCAAGACCUCCUCUUUGGGGUACACACAUAUAUAACUGCAAGCCCUCCCAUGUGAUUUUACUGUUUGUGUGAAGGUGACCAGAACAGAGACCUUGUUAAUUAUUCAGAGAAGUUUUUAUCAUGCAAAUGAAGCUAGAGCCAAGUGCCUCUUGUGAUUAUCUCAGAACAGUUUUAUGUCUUUCUCUUCUCUCUUUGCUUUUUUCCACAUGUAGCGUAUAUUGACAAAGUGUCUACCAUGUCACAGAUCAUAUCUAUGCCUGGAGCUCAACGUAGCUGAUUAGGUUCAGUCUUGUUGUUGAACCAGUUGAACCUGAAAUUGCUUCCUUUAAUAUUUUUGUUCUUGAAAAUUGUUUAAAAGCCUAAAUUCAAUGAAUUUUUCAAUUUUGACACCUUGUUUUGAAAGAAGAUAGUGUGCUUUUGGUGCGUUUUCUUUAAAAAAAAACAACCUAAAGCUUUUCAGUUUCAGCUUUUUCUAAAUUUUCAACUUUGAAUAAGAUAAUCUCAGUAAAAAUGAAAAUUCACCUAAUAUUCAUUGGACCUUGUAGAUUAAGACAAAUAAAAAUUCAACUUUAAAAAAAUUGUGACAUGAUAAACAUUUUGGCCACAAGUUAUGAAUAUGAAUUUUGAAAUAAUUGAGCUUCAAUAAAUGAAUUGUUUUCUAGUGCUUUAGCUUUUUCUGUAUCUUUUUCCUGUAAUGUGAUUCAAGGGUUGUAUUUUUAUAUACUAUGUAUCUCUGUCCUGCUAAUUUUCUCUUAUACGCCUCACUCUUUUGUCCUGGUCACAUCACAAUUUUUGUAUUUCCUCACUUGUCUGUCUGACUUUUUUGUGCGAGUCUAUGUGGGGAUGGGGGACUGUCAAGUUGUAGCCUGAUCUGUCAGAGGGAUAGUUGUUCGCAGUAUUUCAAGGGUGUGCUGUGUCUUUUCACACUCAUUUGUUGUUGAAAAUUAAUGUGUACUGAUGCUGAAUACCGGCGCUAUGUGGUUAGCUCUUCUAGUCUAACCAGGGAGGGUGGAACUUUUGUCGCUUGACUCUAAUUUAGUGUUAUGUUUGUAAUUUUUGGGAAUUAUGCAAGGAGUUCAUACUUUAUUUUAAAUAGUUUUUUGUCUUUUUAUAUUUGGAGAUAUCUGUGAUAUGUGUGAGAGUGCCUGUGAUGUACAAUUGUGUACAGGAUUAUCAGUUCGUAGGGGGAUGGGCGUAGAUUGUUAGAUCCAGUCUAUCUGUUGUUGUACAUGAUGGGACAGAAUGUAGCCCUUACAAAGUCUUUAAGCCUCUUUUUGCACCUUGAAAAUUUUGAUUUUUUAAAAUAAAAGUGUUAAAGACAGUAUUUGAUAAGCAAAAUUACUUUACAGUUUUUUAAAGUGUUUAAAGAAUCUGGGGGUCUGCCUUUCAUAUGUAUAUUGUAUAUUGAUGGUGAUAACUUUUCUUUAAAAUAAACCCAACUUUUUUUCAUUUACAUACUUAUUUAUAUAAUAAAUAUAGAUAGUAUAUGAAGACUACAGGGGGAAAACGACUGUAGUCACAAACUGGAAAUUGCGAGGGUACAAAUUUUGAACAUUUAUUGACUCAUAACUGUAUUUCUGUCCAACUGAUGGUUGAUUAUUGUUGUUAGAGUUACCAUUCAAUACUUGACAAUAAACCGCCACCUGUCAAACAAAUAUGAAGGUAUGAGUCCUCAAGCUUUUAAAAUUGGCACCCUCACAAUUUCCAGUUUGUGACUACUGUCGUUUUCCCCCUGUGCUCUUCAUAUAUAUUUAUACUCAUCUGUUCUGAGGAUGAUGUAUUUUGUUGCUAGCUCUAUUCUUUAUGAUUAACUAUCUCAACUAAUUCCUUGAUGAUUGAUGACAAUUUUGUUGUUGCUGUUGCAACGGUGUGGGAAUUCUCUGCGACUUAUUUCUGUCUUUCCUAAAUUUAGUUGAACUGUUGUUUUUUUAUUGUUGCACAGCUUUACAAUAUCAACAAUACCAACAAUAAAAAUGAUUAUAUCUUC